AUGUCUGACACCCAAGGGAGCCCCGCUGGGGAUUUGACUCCGGAAGAGGCCAGUCGCAUUAUUCAUUCGCACCGCAAAGUGCGCUACGGUACCGCAUGCUGGCCGUGCCGCCAGAGAAAAGUCAAAUGUGACAACAAAAGCCCGUGCGAGAACUGCGUCAAACGGGAACACCCACAGCUGUGUUCCUAUAAACCGAACAGGGCCGCCGCCAGCAAGAGUAAUUCGGUUGUCCCGGAGAAUUCCACUCCAAGCAGGAAGAGAGCUCGGUCGCCCGAUGAACAAGGGUCGCGGAGCCAGAGCAAUGAGGCCCAAGAUACCAUAAGCACCUAUGAACCGGACAACACCGAGACGACCCGGUAUGUGGGCCAAAACAGCAUCCCCGCCCUACUUCGAGAACAAACUUCCGAGCCCCAAGAGGGCAACGGCAUCCGCCAAGAUAUGCGCUCUCUUCUCGGCCUAGAUAACUCAGCCCCCUUUCCGUUGAUGUCCUCGCGCCAUCUGGACAAGUUAACAUACGACAUUUCUCACGAGCUACCGUCUGAUCGUGAGGUGAUGAAGUUAUUCCGCACUUACAAGGAAAUCCCACAGCAGUUUUGGGGUUUUGUUAUUGACAUUGACGGCCUCGAGUCACGGCUCAUGGUGUAUCUUGAAGACCGCGCCAAGAAUGCUAGGGCUUCCACCAAGACCCCCAAACCAGUCUCGGCCUCAUGGUUAUCCAUUCUUUUUGCCGUCCUGGCUGUCGGCUCGCAAUACCACGAUUCGCCCUACCAUAUCCGGACGAGAGAUUCUCAAAAAUACAUUCAGAUCUCGUUCCAUUUUCUGCGCAUCGGGAACUUUUUGUUGAGGCCCAACCUAGACUCCAUCCAGGCCCUUCUGAUGACCAGCUUUGUGCUGCUCAACGACAUGAAAGCCGAGGCUUCAUGGGCCUUGCUCGGCCUCACUUGCCGCCUCGCACAGUCCCUUGGUGUCCACCGGGCCCAGCCACUUGAUGAGCGACAAACUCCAGAUGCCGCAAAGAAAGAGAUGGCGAGGCGGAAGCUAUGGUGGACAUGUCUCUGGCAUGACACACUUACAUCCUUGUCAUUCGACCGCUCUCCAAUGACAAACAUCCCAUGCUGCCCACUGCCAAUGUCACCCACCGCUGAGACCGAAGGGUGGGCAUACCUCGAAGCCAUGUUCCACCUGAACCAAAUCAUAUCGGAAAGGUUGAACCCAGACGCCAUCGCAUCAGCCACAUAUGCUGAGAUCCUUGACAACUGUGCAGCAGUGGAAAAUAUCCGCGACAAGUUAAAGGUCCGGUUGCGGAGUAAAGAAAUGUGCAAGUCCGCCGUGGACCGGCUCCAGCACUUCGCCAUUCGGCUGCAUACAUCCUUCAUCAUCUCCGUGUGCUGCCGUCCUGCCUUGUUGCGACGAGACAGCAAUCUCCUCGACGCGGAGCAGAAGAAGUUCCUUGCGGACCGAUGCAAAGCAAACUUGACCGAGACAGUCCGCAUGUUUCUGGCCAUGCACCAGUUGUCAGUCAUCCCCACACGGUCAUGGGCAUUCACCUACCACGGGCUGUCGUCCGCCGUCCUUUUGGGGAUCUUGGGUGAGACAAAAGCAGAUCCUGAAGUCCGGCAGCUGCAAGGCGACCUCAUCUCGGCCCUCUCAGCCACUGCUGCAAAGGACCUUACAUCACCCCGGCCGCACAUCCGGAAAACAGACCUCGACAUUGAACUCUCUGGCCCGCUAUCUCGGGCUCUGGACGCACUGCGCAACAUCUACGACCACGGCACCGUCGUUGGAAGGCAGCUAAAGAGGGAAAUGAGCAACGCUGGAACGGGCUCGGGUACGCGCACACCACUGGGGCCUGCGCAGCUCGCUAGUCUUUCGGCCAACGGUGUGCCGGUCCAAGAUCUGCGCCCGGGACCGGGGCAUUUAGACCCACACCAAAAUGCAGCACUCGCUAUGACGGAGCUACAACAGCAGAGCGGCGGUUCGGUAGCCGACUUUUCCGCUGGCAUCCCCUUCGCGCAACUGCCGGCCACAUCAGGAGCACCGCCGCUUCUUGACAUUGCCGGGUAUGACCCAGCCAGCUACAUGUCACCGAUGGACCUCUACGACUCCAUCUUCUGGGAAUCACCCGACCCCUUCAACACCGGGCUGGACUCGAUGAACUUUGAUUUUCUCGCCCAUCCACCACCGGGACAGCCACCGCAGCAGCAGUUCUACUUUUAA